ACUCAGGCUGGGUGUCAAUAUGCUGCGUUACAUUGUAACUAAAAGCGAUUCAACUCCAUCACCGCAGCUUCAUGAAGACAUAUAUUUUACCAAAAAGUCAUUAUAAUACGAUGUCUCUUUGUCUUCAGCUCUAUCAGGGUUGCAGCAGGAUGAUAAGAAACCAGGAACAGAAGCAAGAGGAUGAAUUUAUUGCAGUCAGAGUACAAGACCCCAGAGUCCAAAAUGAGGAGUCCUGGUACUCGUAUGUAGAUUUUAAACUAUUCCUUCAUUCGAACAGCAAGGCUUUCACUGCAAAGACCUCGUGCGUGCGCCGGAGAUACAGCGAGUUCAUCUGGCUGAAGAAGCAGCUGCAGAAGAACUCUGGCUUAGUGCCAGUCCCAGAGCUUCCACCCAAAACCCCCUUUUUCAGUGUCAGCAACGAGGACUUCAUAGAGAAGAGACGGGAAGGACUCCAGCAGUUUCUAGAGAAAGUGGUGAACAGGACCGUGUUCCUGUCGGACAGCCAGCUCCACCUGUUCCUGCAGACCCAGCUCUCUCCAGCGCAGAUCGAGGCCUGUGUUCAGGGACACACCCCCUGCAGCGUCACCACCGCCAUCCUCCGCUACGCCUCGUCCAAUCAGGGCUGGGCUCAGGAAGAGGGCGGGGCCAUGGACGAGGACCGCAUGCACAUCCUCCCCCUCUUUUACGAGUCACCUGACAGCCCCGCCCCUCUCCUCCAGCCCAGCGAAUGCGAAAGCAGCUCUGAGAUCAGCCUGGUGGAGAGCGACGGCCAAUCGGAAUGCAGGGACUGAACU